AAUACAUACUUGGUGGUGGUGAAACAUCUAAAGGUUUAAAGUUAAGAAUGCGACUCCUUCUGUAGUACUCUUAUAAAUACACCAUUUUUCCCUCUCGCCAUAAUUGUCUUUGCACCUCUCCCUCGACAGAAUCUAACUUCUGCAAAUUCUUCAUUACCUUUAGAGUGUCUUCAAAGUGAGGCCAUAUGGGUAACUGUUUGAUUACCCAAGCAACUAAAUCAGUUGAGAUGAUGAAGACUGAUGGUAGUAUUCUCAAGUACAAAGCACCUUUGGAAGUACAUCAAGUGCUAUCUGAAUUAGCUGGGCAUGCGAUUUCUGACACUCCUCCCGUUCAUCAUCAUCUUCGGCCUCAUGCAGAAAUGUUUAGCGGGAGUCUAUAUUAUCUUCUCCCGCCAGCGUUGUUAUUGCCAUCUUCAUCAUCCAUCAGUGGUUAUAGUGACACGGAAAAGAAGUCGCACGGAUCAAUAAAACCAAGAAACAAGCAUAGAACGAGAACUAGCACUAAUGUUGCAAGGAUUAAGGUUGUUAUCACUAAGCGCGAGCUUAAGGAGAUGUCGAGUAAAAACGGAAUUGUUUCAUCUUCAUUUCAGGAAAUAAUCUCCCAAAAUCACAAUAAAGAAACUAGUAAACAGGAUAGUUACACUGUUGAUGAUGCAGAAAAUUGCAAGGGGUGGAGACCCAUAUUAGACAGUAUACCUGAAUGAAUAAUUAAACUGAAAUUACGCUAUUUGCAUCUUUUGUUUCCUUUUUCCUCCUGCUUUUUGGUUAAGCUGGUACUUUUCUCCCAUCCAAAUUCAAGAGUACUCACUCUUUUGAUGAGUAGAGUACUGUACUGUAUGAAUGUUGUAGUCAUAUAUAGCUUUUCUUUUAAGCUGGUA